AUGCAGAUUUUCGUGAAAACCCUUAUGAGGAAGACCAUCACCCUCCAGGUUGAACCCUCGGACACUGUAGAAAAUGUAAAGGUCAAGAUCCAGGAUAAGGAGGGAAUUCCCCCUGAUCAGCAAAGGCUGAUCUUUGCUGGUAAGCAACUGGAGGAUGGACGUACCUUGUCUGAUUACAACAUUCAAAAGGAAUGUACCCUUCAUUCAUCUUGUGCUGAGCUCUGUGGCGGUUCUAAGAAGAGGAAGAAGUCUCACUCCACUCCCAAGAAGAAUAAGUGUAAAAGGAAGAAGGUUCAGUUGACUGUCCUAAAGGUGGAUGAAAAUGGCAAAAUUAGCCCUCUUCGUUGA